UCAGUUAAAACAAACAAAACCCUGGUUCUGCUUCUGCGAGGAACCUUGAUGCAGGCGUAAUAAGUGAGCCAGUGGCAUUUUCUGCUGAACACCCUGUACCAUGUAUGGAGGAAUCUCCAUGCUGCACACAACUUGUGUGCCUGGCUGUAUGUUCAAAGUGCCAUUUGUCACUGUCCUUGGAAUAAAGUGAAUGUGUGUAAUUUUGACUCAAGGUGACUUGUAGGGUUAGAGGAAACUUUACAAAAAUCAAACCAAAAUCUCUAGUCACUGCUGUACAUGUCACUGCUUUGAAUUAAAGGAAGAAACAACUCUUGAUUUGCUGGGGUCAUCUGGACAUCACUAAAAUCAUGACUGCACCAUCCAUUUUUUUAUUUUCGGCUUUCAUUUACUUUUUAAUUCCUUGUCUCCUAACCAUUCUGUCUUGUUUUCAUUCCUUGCUGUAUUGCCCGUUUUAUUCUUUUCACUUUUCUUUUUCUAUUCUUUUAGUUUCUACCCUUCAGAUAAAAGUGUCUUCUUCCCCCUCCCACUGCCAGUCUCCUCCUCCUGACUACAGUAACUACAAUGCUUCUACUUCUGCUGGUGCUGCCCCUCCACCGCCAUCUUAUGCAAACAUUAUCUCUUCAGCAUCUACCAUCCCUGAUUCCAGUAGUAUAACCUCUUUCAAACCCUCUAACAGAGCCAGAGAAUUCCCACUGCUUCGUCACAGACAUUCUGCCUCCGAACUCUCACCCUCCCCAGGUUCCUUCUCCUCUCCGGUAUGGCCAAACCAUAGGACUGUAGCACAAAGCAUCAAACAGAUCUCUUUGUCCCCACCACCUGAGCCUCCUUCCCAUUUUCCAUUUGCACACCACCAGCCGGUUAGACGUUCCUCUCUUUCACACUCUCCUCAGUCUUCCUGUUCUGUAACCACUACAUGCCCCAUGCAGAAGGGUUUUAUCCCACAGCCGCAUAUUCCAGAGGUCCUUCCUGUGAUUCCUGUCCAGAAUGGCAGAAUCAGGGGAUCUACAGAUAUAACAGUCCAAGAAGCCUCUGCAAAUGUACCUCAGAUAGGUCUGAAUGGGCAGUCCAAAGACCCCCCAACCACACAAAUUCCUUUAAACUCCUCUAGAACCCAAGUAAAAUGUGUGGAUGGGUUUUUCUUCUCAUAUUUAGAAACUGUACCCAUCUCUCAGCUACCAGUUAUAGCCAGCCGUGCUGGUUCCUUUCCCCAGGCUUCUUUUCAGUCCUCCCAAUCUUCACCUCAUUCUACAAAGCAAUUGUACCAGGCCAUGUCACACUUUGUUUCAUUACCUCCCCCUUCUGCUGCUGUAUCUGAGGUGAAUAUGUCUAAGAAGACCCCUCCUUUCAUGACUUCAUCAACCAUUUCCCACUUAAGUCCCAUCCUUCCACCUGGUCAUCCUUCCACUGCUGCCACAAUCCCUGCUUCAUCCAGUGGGCCCCCACCUCCGCCGCCUCCGCCAGUACCUCCGCCUCCUACAGGCGCAGCACCACCACCCCCACCUCCGCUGCCAGCUGGUGGAGGACAUGGAGGUAGCAUUGACGACGGGUCAGUGUCAGGACUAGCAGCAGCCCUGGCUGGUGCCAAACUCAGGAGAGUACAACGGCCAGAAGAUGGUUCAGGAGGUUCCAGCCCCAGUGGGGCCUCAAAGAGCGAUGCCAAUCGAACAAGUAGUGGAGGAGGAGGAGGAGGACUAAUGGAAGAAAUGAAUAAAUUACUGGCAAAAAGGAGGAAAGCAGCGUCACAGUCAGACAAGCCAGCUGACAAAAAGGAAGAGGAAAGCCAAAACGAAGAUGCUAGCACCUCGCCUUCACCAGUCACACGAGGCCCUAGCCAACAGCAGAAUUCUGCAGACCCUGGGAAGAAGCCAUGGGAAAGAAGCAAUUCUGUUGAAAAGCCUGUAUCUUCAUUACUCUCUAGAAAUUCAUCAGUGAAGAGUCCUGAAGCUAAGAGCCCCAUACAAUCCCAACUACCUUCUAGGAUGAAGCCCGUGAGCAGCAGCAAUGACGUGGCUAUGGAUGCCUUAGAUUUUGAUCGAAUGAAACAAGAAAUACUGGAGGAAGUUGUAAGAGAGUUACACAAAGUGAAAGAAGAGAUAAUUGAUGCCAUAAGGCAGGAGUUGAGUAGAAUCAGUACAACAUAAUGACUGCACAGCAUCUGCGAGGUACUAAGGAUGCUAGGAAGAUUGGAUCAUUUCUAAGUGUAUCAAGGUCAUGCAAGAUGGUGAAAGAGGACACCUGCACUGUCUUUGUUCUUAAACCCUUUUUAUUAGCAGACUGAGCACACUUUGAAGCUUGCUGCUGCCUUGGAUUUGCUUCAUUUUAAAAGUCUUAAAGAAAAUAUUAAAUUUUAAAUUUCUGGAUUUUUUAGAUUUCAUCUGACACUGCACAUGAGAUUUGUCAGCCUUUUUUGUAUUUUGUAUUUGCUUAUUUAAAUGUAUUAUGUUUCUUUUUAGUAGUAGUAAGAAAACAUGUGAACCAUUUGCUUUUAAUAGAUGAUUUCAAAGUAAUUUUACUGGUAGUCUGCAAUGUAAAUGAAGACCCUUUGCCAACAGAAAUGUAUUGUGGCAUCACCAGAAGAAACAGAGACAUGUUAGUUGUCAGCCGACAAGUUCUUUGACUCAGAGUUAUCACAAUAUUAAAACAGUACGUCAGUGCACCACAGUAUCUGUGUUCAUAUUGGUAAUAAACUGUUGAUUGU